GAAAACGUUCUGACCAGCUCCACGCUCUGACCUUCGCCGUGCUCUACAUUUGAGACAUCACACCAUGUUGAGCACUGACCAAGUCUCUCCUGAGAGGUGGGGUGCUCCCCUCGGCACCUUCGCCGAUCCCGCUGCCCUUGGGCACUUCGGCGGCUCACUCUACGAGGCAAGCCUCACCUGUUUGAAGUGCGGCAAGAGCAUCCAGAUGGAUUCGCUGUUCUGUCGAUAUUGCGGCCACAAGAAGGAUCAACCCGUAGGGGCUGAUGCCUUUGCCUUGACCAAUGGCCUCACGCCUGGCGCGCCUGAUCGCAGGCCAGAGGCUGCCAUGACUGCCCACUUCCCAACGUUGGACGCUCUGGGCCGCAGUGAGCAGCCCCGAGGGGGAGGUCUCGACAAGCCGCCCUAUAUGCCACCCAUCGAGGUGUCACAUCCCGCAGGCAGUGCGAUGGCGGCACGCCCGGGUCCUGGAGCUGCAGGACUCGUUGCAGGCAGCUUGCCCAUGACCACGGUCGUCGGCCUGGGCAGCUUGGAGCCUUAUCCUGGUCUGGAGCCUUAUCCUGGUCUGGAACCAUAUCCCACCCUUGGAGUUGACGCGAGAUCCGCUAGACAUCCCGCAGGUGAGGGUGACUCGGAAGCACGCCGUGAUCGUGAGCACACCGAGGAGGCGGCGAGGUCGUACGGCUUCCCGACUGGAGGCAGUUUCGUGGCGGAGCCUUUUCAUGAUGGUCAACCCGCCUAUUCCAGUUCCUCACGGAGGCCUCCGGAGCGAAGCAACGACGAGAGGUCUAGAGGAGUGGAAGGCCCAUCAGGUCCUCACUUGCAUGACCUGGAGAUCCGAGGCAGCUCCAUGCCGAACGGCUUUCCCGCGUACCCGGCCAGUGGGUGCGGAGACACCUACUCAGGUGGACAGAUGUCCUUCGGCCCUCCUCCAGGUGUACCAGGCGUUCCUGGAGGUGUUCUUGGAGACCCCAUGAGGUACCCCUACGCAUCUGGGGCCGCACCCACGAGCAGCGCCUAUGGCGCUCAGAGCGAUGGUCUCUAUCCUACGAGGAUGCCGCCGCCCUUACCCUCCUACGCAGAAGCGAUGCUUCAAACUGACUAUGAUUUGGCACGAGCCGGUCAUCACCGCGACUGCUUUGCCAUGGGACGGGGAGUAGGUGCAGGGCCGCCGCCCUUGGGCCCUGGGCCAGUUCCGCCGGGCUUUGGGCUCUAUGGGAUGCCAGGUCCACCUCCCGGUGGGUUCUUCCACUUUCCAGCCACGGGCUCCUUCGUAGCAGAUGCCUCAGUGCUGAGUGCAGGCCAUGAUGAGAAAGGCGCGCCCAAAGCAUGUGCGUCCAAGUCCGUUCAGGUCUCCCCCAUGGGCUCGCCGGUGAAUGCGCCGGACAAGCCCAAAGCCAAGUCAGCCAAGCCCAAGUCAUCGAGCGAAAAGAAGACCCGGCGAAGCUGCUGCUGAAGGCUUACUCCUGAGAGAGGACUGGAACCUCCGUCCAACCAAGACCUGUUUGACCGUCCCGAC